AUGGAACCACAGAAUCUAACAAGUGUUUCAGAAUUCCUCCUCCUGGGCCUCUCAGAUGAUCCAGAACUGCAGCCCCUCCUCUUUGGGCUGCUCCUGACCAUGUACCUGGUCACUGUGCUUGGGAACCUGCUCAUCAUCUUGGCCGUCAGCUCUGACUCCCACCUCCACACCCCCAUGUACUUCUUCCUCUCCAACCUGUCCUUGGCUGACAUUGGUUUCAGCACCACUACAGUCCCAAAGAUGCUGGUGAACAUUCAAACACACAGCAAAUAUAUCACUUAUGCAGGCUGCCUAACUCAGAUGUCCUUUUAUUUUCUAUUUGGGUGUUUGGACAAUCUACUCCUGGCUGUGAUGGCCUAUGACCGGUUUGUGGCCAUUUGUCACCCCCUGAACUACCCAAUUAUCAUGAACCCACGCCUCUGUGGCUUGUUGGUCCUGUUGUCAUUUUUCAGCAGCCUUUUGGAAUCUCAGAUUCACUGUUUGAUGGUGUCACAACUUACCUUCUGCACAGAUGUGGAAAUUCAUCAUUUCUUUUGUGAUGCACCUCAACUUCUCCACCUUGCCUGCUCUUAUACCUCCAUCAACACCAUACUAAUCUAUUUUAUUGGUGCCAUUUUUGGUGGCAUUCCACUUUCAGGGAUCCUUUGUUCUUAUAGUAGAAUUGCUUCCUCCAUUCUGAGAGUCCCAACCACAGGUGGGAAGUACAAAGCGUUCUCCACCUGUGGCUCCCACCUGUCAGUUGUUUGCUUAUUUUAUGGAACAGGCCUUGGAGUGUACCUCGGUUCAUCCAUCUCCCCCUCCCCUGGGAAGGAUGCAGUGGCCUCAGUAGUGUACACUGUGGUCAUUCCCAUGCUGAACCCCUUCAUCUAUAGCCUGAGGAACAGGGACAUCAAGAGGGCACUGUGGGGGAUUAUAAGCAUAACAGCUUAA